AAACAAAAGAGUCGAAACAAAUUAUGUGAAUUAAUUUGGCGUUUGACGCAACGGUUGCAAAUUAUUCGUGCAGAAUUUAUAAUCGUCCGUGCGUGUGAACAAUUUGUAUUUUUUUAUCCAAUAACAAUCGGGCAAGUGAAGUUCGCGCCAAAAUACAAACUAUAAGAGCGGUUCUGUAACACCGACCAACGUACAAAGCACGGUAACGCGGUCGGCGAACCGAUCGAGUUUUGCUGCAUAGACUCCAAAAAUAAAAAUAAAAGCAGCUAUGUUAAGAAUAACCGUCAUCGCGGUAGCCACGUGUAUAUUAUCAUGGCCGUCGGUGCAGGCAAUCAUGUACCCAAAGGACUACGCACCCGAGUUGGAGUACGGUCAGAGCAACGUGCAAUUCGACUUCAUCGUGGUGGGCGCGGGAAGUGCCGGCGCUACGGUGGCCGCCAGAAUCAGCGAAGUGGCCGAAUGGAACGUGCUGCUUCUGGAAGCCGGCGGCGACCCGCCAGAUGGGUCGGAAGUGCCGCUUCAAUGGGCGUCGAUGGUGCGAACCAAAGCCGACUGGAACUACUUGACGGAACAGGACGAUAAACUGUUCAAGGGUUUGGUCGAUGGACGGUCGUACUUGCCUAGGGGCUGCAUGGUGGGCGGUAGCUCGUCGAUGAACGUAAUGAUAUACCUGCGAGGCACUAAAUUCGAUUUUGAAAGAUGGGUGCAAGCCGGUUGCGACGGCUGGGACUACCCCACGGUGUUGAAGUACUUCAAGAAAUCCGAGAACUUUGUCGAUAAUUUGCGGUUCAACACAACCAUUCACUCUCGGGGUGGUCCGCUGACCGUGACGCCGUACGUGUCCCCUGACCCAGCCAUUAAAGUGUUCUCGGCCGGUGCGAAGGAGCUGGGCAUGAACCCAGUGACGGACUUUAAUCAGAUAGAUCCAGUUUUAGGCUAUGGCAUGGCCGACAGCACUACCAGAGACGGUUUGCGGUGCAGCACGCUAAAGGCGUUCCUGUUGCCGGCCAGUGAGCGACCCAACUUGUACGUGGCCAAAAAUACGAGGGCCACCAAAAUCGUGUUCGACGAAAACCGCAAAGCCACUGGCGUGGAGAUCUUAUUGCCAGGUGGCACCAAGAAGGUGAUCAACUGCAAUUUGGAGGUGAUCGUCAGCGCCGGAGUGAUAGCCAGCCCGCAGUUGUUGAUGUUGUCGGGAGUGGGACCGGCGGCACACCUACGGGAGAUGGGAAUCGAUUUGGUGGCCGACCUACAAGUCGGAGCGAACUUGCAGGACCACGUCGCUUUCUUGGGUCUGGUGUUCAGCGAGAGAAAUAACAGAUCCGAAGAAGAGAUACUGGCCAAUAGCACAAAUAUAAUCAAUGAACAUAUGGCGCUAAUCAAGGAGGGCAAAAGCACCAUGGGCCUAACGGGACUCAUAAGCUUCAUAAACACAAAAAAACAGCAAACGUACCCGGACGUGGAAAUCAUGAAGAUCAGAUUCCCGUACAAGGCGUUGGACAAGAGCCCAAAUGGCAAGAACCGGCUGACCAACAUGUUCGGGCUGUCGGACGAAGUGGCCGCUUUGUACAACGCUCUGAACAAGCUGAGCGACACGUUGAUGGUAGUACCUAUCAGCAACAAUAUAAUUAGCACCGGUUACGUGCAGCUCAGAAGCACCGACCCGUUGGAACACCCGAAAAUUGUGGCCAAUUUUUUAAAGAACCAGGAGGAAAUUGAAACAUUAAUGCGAGGUAUCGAGUUCGUGGUGGAUCUGUCAAAAACCGAAGCCGUGAUGAACGCCGGUUUAGUGUUGGAAAACUUGAAGUUCCCCAAUUGCGACGGUUACGAAUGGGCAACACGCGAUUAUUGGCUGUGCAGCAUCGAGCAAGUGGCCACAUCAUUGUACCACGUGGCCGGCACCAACAAAAUGGGCCCGGUCGAUGACCCACACACGGUGAUCGACCCUAAGAUGAAGGUGAAAAACGUGCAGAGUCUGAGGGUGAUCGACGGUUCUGGCAUGCCGUAUUUGGUAGCGUACAACCCGAAUGCGGCCAUUGUAAUGAUGGCGGAAAGAGGAGCAGACUUCAUAAAAAAAGCUUACGGAAAAAACACAUAGCGUGUAUUUUAUUAUCCACUAUAACCUUAUAUUAAGUUUUUUUUACUGUAAUACAACUAUUAUAAAAACUUCUUAUUACGAUACCAUGCCCGGAAAUCGCUUUUUGAUCAGGUCGAAAAUAUAUUUCAUUAAUACUGUCAUUGCCAGUACAGAACAUAAAUGUCUAAAAGUAUUAUAUAUGUAAAUCUUUUAUUUAUAUACAGGGUGAUUUAUUUGUCUUGGACCAGUUAAAAUCUCAGUGGGUUUAGUUUAAAAUGUUUUUAUUUUAUGUGCUUAUAGUUUUCCACAAAUUUGUAUGUUCCAUUUCCACUCCUAAACUAUAUUUUUAUGUACAUUUUUGAAAUUCAAUAGUAACUUUUAAAAUUACGAAUAUUUUACUAAAUAUUUUGAUUAGUUGAUAACUAGUUUUGAACUACUAUUAGUUAUACGAUUUUAAAAGAUAGGACCGGGAGGGGAAGUAAAGGUGAACCUUUCGGUUGGAAUAAAAGUAAUACUACACUUCACCUCCUACCCUAAACUUUAAACUUCAAUAACUUCAAAAAUAGUUAUCCAAAACAGGUUAUUGAUUAAGUUUCAAAAGUUGAUUUAUAAAUAAUUAGUUCGGGAGGGGGUUAAAAACAUAAAAAUAUGUUAGAUAUUGAGAUCGCAUUGUUUAAAAGCACUAUGCAAAAGAAAAAUGCAAUUACUAAUUAAACCCUAUAAGAUAUAUUAAGUGGCUCACGAUAAAAAAAUCACCCUGUAUAUUUUCAGUCUAAUUUUCAGAUCUUAGGAGGACGUCAUACCCUCUGUUUAUUAAGGAGUUAGGUAUAGGCAUUGGUUUUUUGCGAAAUUCUAAUCAAAAAGUUAAACUGUGAUGUGUAAUUAUUAAAAUUAAAUUAUUAGUUCAUUAAUUAGGACUCUUUUUUUGAUAGUUAAUUUCAGAAACACCAAUAAUAAAAAAGAUAGAGGAUAAGAUUUCCGAGAGUACCUCAUAUGUAUUUGAAUUAUCUACAAUUCAUAGGUCAAUAUGAUAAAUGCAAAAGUACAUUUUUUUUAACUUCUUUAAAUCUUCGUAACUUUUUUUCUGAUUGAACACAUAUAAGGUUCGCUACUAGGACUACUUCAAUGGAUGUAGAACUCCACACGUGUUUUGUAUACGUAUAUAUAUAUUUUACUCGUACGUAUGUAUUAAUACUCCUUUGAUUUAUAUUUAUAACGAUUUUGUAAUCAUUUAAAUAAAAAUGCCCUUAGGCAAUAAAAAAAAAAAGUUCCCUCGGAAAUCAUGUCUUUUCUCAUUUUCAUUGCAAGUGUUUUAUCUCCUAAAAAUCACUUUGAAACGUUCUUUUAUCAGUUCUUUCUAAACAUAUUUUUAUCAUUAAAAAUCAUCGAUGAGACGUCCUUGUAAGUCCUAAGAUUAUACCUAAGAAAGAGGAAUAACGGAAAAGUUGUUUUAUUGUUGUUUGUUGCAUCGAUUUUUGUGGUUUACACUGCGGAGAUAUCAAUAGUUAUAACCAAGUAUAAUCUUAUACUCUGUGGUUUCGAUAUUAAAUUCUGGUCUAUUUACAUAUUUUAUUUUUGAUGUAAGAACUAUAA